AUGAGCUGUGACCCUUAUCGUUCAACAAAUUUGCCCAACUUCUGGCCGUAUCCAUUGAUGUUGACCGAUUCCAGAGAGCUUCAGGAGACUCUUCGACCGAUUAAAGACGAUAUAAGCGCCAUCCUAAAAGCGCACGGAUUCGCUGAACGCGUCCCAUUCCUGCCGUAUGUCGCGCAAAAGCCUCGUUAUCCGGGAGGCGACACACCGAUCAAUCUGCUCCGCGUGAUACUACUGGCUGCCGAUGAUCACCCAAGACGCUUUGGCCCAGCGAAGGACGACCUCGCACGCCUUCUCAAUGAAAGGGGCAUUACAGACAUGUUUGUUGAGAUUGUCAAUAUCGAUCUGUGCUUUCAACCAUCUCUGUUCCCGAUGCCGCCUGACCCUGGCCUAGUGGUCGGCUUUGAAGAAGGGAAGCACAGUAUUAUCAAUCUCAUUCAAUCAACACUUGGGAACAACUGGAGACUGCUCUGCCCGUUCAACAUCGGGCGGGUGGAGGCAGAGGCCGGCCCGGCGAUUGUAAUCCUCGUGGAUCCCCUCACGCGUGCCAAUUGGUCUGUUUUGGACACGGAGAUCAAAGCAUUACUCGCAAGACACUGUCAGUUCCAAACGCUCGAGGUAGAGUUUCUCCCCGGAGACCUCGCGUUCCUUAAUGGAACGUCCUUUGCCGGCAGGGCGAAUGUGCCAGUCAUGGGGUCCUCCGUUGGUAUCCAUGGUGAUAGUAAUUCGGGGACACUUGGUGGGUACGUGACCCUCACGAAGGGCGGCGAGGUCUUGAAAGGCUUCCUAACCACCUACCAUGUCGUCAGACCCUUGGACCCCAAUUCGUGGAUGCGCCAAACAGAAAUAAAUCAUGUCCAGAUGGAGAGUUUCUCUCGUCAGGACACACAAGCCACCUUAUCUGAUCUCGACGCUAAAAUCAGUGCCACGAACGAACAGAUCGAGAGGCUAUCUGAAAGAAUCCGCGAGCGAGAAGAAAUGGGCGGCGGAUCUGCGACAAAGCUUCGAGACUGGGUAAAUGACUUCCAGUCAAUAGUCUCCGGCUACCGUCGCGAACGCCAGAAUGUCACUAGCAUGCCCCACCUUAUGGGUAGGGUGACGGCCACCUCCGGGAAGGCUAUACUGGGCAAGAGAAUUAGUGACUGGGCGUUUGUCCAGAUGAACGAUGCCGCCAUCGAGAAGUUCUUCCGACCCAACCGCAUGUUCCCUGUUCGGGACAACCAGCAACCAGGCCGAUACAAAGCUGGGGAAAGCCUUGCGCCGUCUGCGGGCGAGACUCUAACAGACUCCGGCCCGCUCGUGGAAGGCGAUGUGUACUUCAAGAUGGGGCGCACGACGGGAGUCACGACAGGCGUUUGCCAUGGCACGCGGGCAAUCUGUCACUGGAAAGACAGCAUAAGAUACGACCAUAUUGGUAACGAGAAUGACCUGUCAGUAACUACGACUGAGGAAUAUAUCAUUGUGAGUAAGAGACUAAACAGCGCUGAACACACGCAAGCCGCAUUUGUUGAGGAUGGUGAUUCUGGAUCACUUGUUAUCGAUACAGACGGAAAUGUCUGUGGACUUGUCUAUGCUGGCUUCAGUGGCAAAUGCGGAGCCCCCGGUAAUGAACAUUUUUAUGUUAACGCUGGCCUCGUGACACCCAUCACUGAAGUGGCACAGUGGGUGAAGUUUCGGACCGUGCGCAAGGACAAGGAUAACAAGAUCAUCAGCGCACCAGCCGAGCUCGGACUCCCUCAACCCUCUGAAUCACAGUCCAGUCGUUCUUGA